AUGCCGGCGCCCAAGACGUAUGCAGCCGUCGUGGCUGAUGAACAAGACCCCGUCCUCGGCUCGCCACUCAACCCAGCAAACAACUUGAACGCGACGAGUCCCUUCCUUCCCAGCAUCGACGGCGACAAUGACGAACAAGGCGCAAGGGCAGCAGGUUGGGAUGCAGCAGCCGAUUUUGACGGCCUUCCCUGGUGGCAGGUCCCAUCUGUCACUUGGCUGCUGGUGCCCUUCUUCAUUUUCGCCAUGGCCUUUGGUGGCAUGAUUGUUCCGAAACUCAACCUUAUCGUCGAUUUGGUGUGCCGCAAGCACUUCGCAGACGAAACCUUGCUCGACCCCAACUUUACCUUUAUCCCUGUGGUUCUUGGUGCCGACAAUCCGCAAUGCUUUAUACCCGAAGUGAAGAAGAGUGUUUCCGUGUUCACCAUGGCCAUCAACCUCACCGUCGGUAUCUUGUCAGCCUUUACUGCUCCCAAGUUCGGCCAGCUCUCAGACCGGUACGGUCGAACCAAGUUCUUGGCCCUGGCGUCCAUUGGCGGCAUCAGUGCCGAGAUCAUCACCAUCCUCUGCGCCAAGUACCCAGAUGUAGUCCACUACAACUGGCUCAUCCUUGCUGCCGUCUGCGAUGGCUUGACAGGUUCAUUUACCGCCGGCGGCAUCCUCAGCAACUCCUAUGCGAGCGACUGCACGCCCCCCUCGAAACGCGCCGUGGUCAUCGGUCGCCUCCACGCCUGUCUCUUCACCGGCCUGGCCGUCGGACCCCUCCUCGCAGGCUUUCUUGUGGCCGCAACGGGCACCCUCCUCUCCGUGUUCUAUGCCCUGUUAAUCUGCCACAUCUUCUUCCUUUUCUUCGUUGGCUUUGUUGUGCCCGAGUCGCUGUCCCAGCAGCGCCGACUCCGCGCGCAAAAAGAGCACGCCGAGAAGCAGGACGAUCACAGCGCUCGCGGGACCUGGCUUGCUCCUCUGCACGUGGCGAACGUCCUGGCGCCUCUCAAGGCCCUCUGGCCGACCAAGGCCGGCAGCUCGCCCGCUCUGCGCAGGAACCUGGUGGCGCUCGCGACCAUCGACAUGAUCAUUGCGGGCGUCGCCAUGAGCAUCGGCACCGUCCUCCUGCUCUACUGCGAGUCCGACGACACCUGGGGCUGGGGCACGGUCGAGAGCUCGCGUUUCAUCUCGCUCCUGUCCUGGGUGCGCGUGUUCGUCCUGCUCGCCAUCCUCCCCGCCAUCAACUACAUCUUCCGCGUCCGCCCCAACGCACGCCGCGCCCGCGCAACCGGCACGGCCGUCCCCGACGCCAACCAGGGCGCCGACACGCUCGACAUUUGGCUGCUGCGCACCGCCCUCGUGUCCGACAUUCUCGGCAGCACGGGCUACAUGCUCGCCCGCCACGAGGGCGUCUUCGUCUUCGCCGGCAUGCUGACCGCCAUGGGUGGACUCGGCGGCGCCACCGUCCAGGCCACCCUUACGAAGCACGUGCCCUCUCAACAGGUCGGCCAGCUGCUGGGCGCCAUCGGACUGCUGCAGGCGCUGUCGAGGAUCGUGGGGCCCAUCGCCUUCAACAGCCUCUACGCCGUGACUGUGGGCAGCUUCGACACGGCCAUCUUUGCGCUGCUGGCUAGCCUGUUCUUGCUCGCCUUCUUGGCCACGUGGUUGGUCAGGCCGCAUGUCUACUUGAAGCAUGACGAAGAGCCUGCCGGGGAGGACGAGCCUCUUCUGCAAGAGCAGCGUGGUAGGUCUGCUGUCGGGUCGCAGGUCGCAGCCAGUGGGUGA